AUGGUACUACGGAUUCCUGUAACAAUUCAUGGUGUACAAGAAAAGUUUCUCAUUGUAUGUAUAGACGGUCAAAAAACUAUACGAUGGUUAUGUGAAACUGCAUAUCAAAGAUAUACUGAAAAGUAUAAUAUUAAAAUCGUUAAUCGUUGUUUCGUGGCUCGUCGUAUUACUGAUCGAAGUUUAUUAUCCCUUGACGAUCAUAUUGAACAAGUGCUAGAUGACAAUGAAGCGAUAGUAAUCGAUACAACUAAACAUAUAGACGAUGAUGAUGACUCAUUCAGUGUAGCUACUGAUGAAAAACGUCACGUUGUAAGAUUAGAUGGAUAUCAUUUAAAACCCAGCGAUCUUGUUCGUCUUAGUACUGGUGAUUAUCAAAUUGAAUUACCUGAAGAAACUUGGACUGCAAUUCGUAAAGCACGAGAAAUUGUCGAUAAAAUUAUUGAUGAAAAAAAAGUUGUGUAUGGUGUAAAUACAGGUUUUGGUUCAUUUGCAUCAACGAUUAUUUCCAAUGAGAAACUCGCUGAUUUACAAACUCGAUUGAUCGUUUCACAUUGUGCAGGUGUUGGUGAACCAUUAACAAUAGAACGAGCUCGAAUGAUGUUCGCACUGCGCAUCAAUAUUCUUGCCAAGGGAUAUUCAGGCAUUUCAGAAGAAACUUUACGUAAAAUUAUCGCUGCAUUCAAUAAAUCUUGUAUCCCAGAAAUUCCAUCUCAAGGCACAGUAGGCGCUUCUGGGGAUUUGGCUCCAUUAUCACAUUUGGCUGCUGGUUUAAUGGGUGUUGGACGUAUGUGGUCACCAAAAACAGGCUGGGGAAAUGCAAGGGAAGUUUUAGAACAGAAUGAAUUAGGUCUCAUUGAAUAUAAAGCAAAAGAAGGCUUAACUAUGAUCAACGGAACACAAUUUAUUACGGCACUAGGAGCUGAAGCUGUUGAACGAGCAAUGUCAAUAGCACGUCAAGCCGAUGUAAUUGCCGCUCUCAGUACAGAAGCAUUACGUGGUACCGUUCGACAUUUACAUCCAAAGCUUCAUGCAUCUCGACCUCAUCUUGGACAAAAUCUUGUUGCAGAACGAUUACGUUCACUGCUAAUAUCUGACGUACAUCCGUCGGAAAUAUCAAAAAGCCAUGCUAAUUGUGGUCGAGUACAAGAUGCUUAUUCAAUUCGCUGUGUUCCACAAGUUCAUGGAAUAUCAUGGGAUACAAUCCGAUUCGUUAAAAAAAUUAUUACAACUGAAAUGAAUAGUGCCACCGACAAUCCACUUGUAUUUAUAGGCAGUAAUGAAGUUGUUUCAGGCGGUAAUUUUCAUGGAGAAUAUCCAGCUAAAUCUUUGGACUAUUUAGCAAUCGGUGUACAUGAGAUAGGCAGUUUAAGUGAAUGUCGUAUGGAACGACUGGUAAAUCAUGGCAUGAGCGGCCUACCAGCUUUUCUAACACUCGAAGGUGGAUUAAACUCUGGUUUUAUGAUCGCACAUUGUACAGCUGCAGCACUUGUUUCGGAAAAUAAAGUAUUAUGCCAUCCAUCAUCGGUUGAUAGUAUAUCAACAAGCGCUGGUCAAGAAGAUCAUGUGUCGAUGGGUGGAUGGUCAGCUCGAAAAGCUUUAAAAGUUAUGGAUAAUGUUGAGAUUUUAUUGGCAAUCGAAUUAUUAAUGGCUUGUCAAGCUAUAGAUUUAUUAUAUCCUUUAACUUCUACUCCACCAUUACAAGCUAUUCAUGAUCUAGUUCGACAAUCCAUUUCAACUUGGGAUAAAGAUCGCUUUAUGGCUCAUGAUAUUGAAAAAGCUACGCGCAUUAUUAAAUCUGGAAUUGUUUGGAAAACAGCACAACCUCAUAUACAAAAUUAUCUUGAUUCGCAUCAUAAAAUAGAUUUUGCAAGACCAGCUGAAUGUGCACACAAUUAA